AUGUCGCAUGUGUACUGUGUUAUCAUAUUGAUGUUAACUAAGUGUGUCUUGGCAACUCCUCCACGCGAAACUUCACCGGCAUGUCUCACUGGUGGAAUCAACUUUGAUUCAAGACCAAACCAAAUCGGCGAUCCUGCGAUAGUGUCGUGCCUGUCUCGUGGAGGUGAUCCUUUCCCUAGUCUUACGUGGCGAAGGAAUGGUGUCGUCGUCGCCUCGCAGUAUACCGAAGAUUCGCGGUUAAAGACGGCACAAAGCGAUAUCAGCUGGGAGCUAACAUCGGAAGACGACAACGCCAUGUACGAAUGCACUCUAACCCACCCGGAACUAACACAGCCACGUUCAUGUUCACUUCAACAAGCAAUCAGAGUUCGUUAUUCGCCUAUUGUUACAGUCAAUCCACCAAGUUUGGUGAUCGCUACAGGUAACAUGGCUGUUUUCAUAUGUUACGCACAUGGUAGCCCCAGCCUGAGCUUCUUACAACAAUGGAACUUCGAUGGAUCCCUAACAGUUCCUGACAGUGAUCGAUAUUCCUCUUCGACAAUGACUGAUGGAGGAAUUCUGCUACAGAUUAAAAACAUCAUGGAAAGUGACUAUGCUGUCGAAAUAACCUGUAAAGCUGUGAACACAAAGGGCACAACGCGGACACAGGUCCUGAUUCUACCACCGCCACCUCCGAGUCCUUCAACCAUAACCACAACCCCACAAAAAACAACUACAACCUUGUUACAUCACGUUACCAUCACCACGAAGCCUGAAGAGACAGAAGGCACUCAUGUCAAUACCGGUUACAGUACAGCUUGUUUUACAUCUAUUAUGAACAGUAUUGUAUUAUUUACGUCAUGUUUCACAGCCACCACACACACUGCAUUUUAUACUCUGUAA